AUGUCUCCAGUCGCACUCCCCACCCAGCACGCAGCAGUCCUCCAUGGUGCCAAGGACCUCCGCUUCGAAGAGCGUGCCCUCUGGCCGCCACAGCAAGGCCAGGUGCAGGUCGCCGUAGCCGCGACAGGCCUCUGCGGCAGUGACUUGCACUACUACAUGCACGGCCGGAACGGCGACUUCGUGGUACAGCAGCCGCUCGUCCUCGGCCACGAGGCAGGGGGCAUUGUCACUGCCGUUGGACCAGGCGUAAAGAACCUCGUUCCCGGCCAGCGCGUCGCUAUUGAGGCCGGCAUCAUGUGUAACGACUGCUCCUAUUGCGCCAAGGGCCGCUACAACCUCUGCAAGAACAUGCGCUUCUGCAGCAGCGCGAAGACUUUCCCGCACCUGGACGGAACGCUUCAAGAACGCAUGAACCACCCCGCACAUGUCCUGCACCCAUUGCCGGAUGACUGCACGUUCGAGCAAGCAGCACUCGCAGAGCCGCUCUCUGUGCUCCUCCACGCAUCACGCCGCGCGGACCUUACAACUGACCACCCCUCCACCGUUCUCGUCUUUGGCGUCGGCGCGAUCGGGCUCCUUGCAUGUGCGCUGGCAAAGUCAUAUGGCGCGUCGCGCGUCGUCGCGAUUGACAUCAAUCGUGCGCGGCUCGACUUCGCGCUUGAGCAGGGCUUUGCGCAGCAAGUAUACUGCCUGCCCAUGGUCGACAAGGCGAAAACGACGGACGAGCAACUCCGCCGCGCUAAGGAGACCGUCAGCACCGCGCUCAGCGAGUUCAACAUGCCCGAUGGCUUCGACGUCGUCUUCGAAUGCACAGGCGCAGAGCCUUGCAUCCAAAUGUCCGUUCAUGCCGCAGUAACAGGCGGAAAGGUCAUGCUCGUCGGCAUGGGCGCACGCAACGUCACGCUUCCGCUCUCGACCGCCGCGACGCGCGAGGUCGACAUCCACGGCUCGUUCCGCUACGCCAACACGUACCCGACGGCCCUCGCGCUCCUCGCGUCCGGCAAGUUGCCGAACAUCGAGAGCAUCAUUACGCAUCGCUUCCCGCUCGCAGAGAGCGCGCGCGCGUUUGAUUUGCUCGCCAAGGGCCGCGACGAGGACGGACGCAUGGUCCUCAAGGUCAUGGUGGGCGGUCAAUAG